AAGGUAGAGGCCCCAGGUGAGGGGCCAGUGGGUGCAGCCCAACCCCACGCUGAGCUGUUUCACAGCCGGCCCUGCCCUCUCUCCAAGAUGCUGUUUUGGCACAACCAGCCGGAGCAUCUGUGGCCCAGUCCUGGGGAUCUAUACCCUGGGCCCCCCAGCAGCCUGCUCAGGGAGCCCCUGCCCUUGCCCUACUUGAAGCAGGAGGAGCUGCCCAACAUCCCUGGCACGGAGCUGCCCUGCCCCAUGUUCCAGUACGUGCUCUGUGCAGCCACCUCGCCAGCCGUGAAGCAGCAGGAGGAGACCCUCACCUACCUGAACCAGGAUGUGCCACUGUCCGUGGGAGUGAUAGAACCCCAAGUGCUGCUCUCACAACUCAACAUGGUGGAGUUUCACUGGGACCCAACAAAGAGGACAUCUCUCUUCCUGCAGUUCACACCUUGGAAGAAAGGUGGAGAGAAAGGCAUCCCUUUCCGCCUCCAGAUCGACACCUUCAGGCCCAGUGACAAGGGGCUGCCGCUAGACCACCUGCACUCAGCUGGCUGCCUCAUCAAGGUGUUUAAGGUACAGGCAGCAAUGGGGCCCAUUUUCCUCUCUCUCAGGGCUGUCACCUGGCCUCGCCAGCUGUGUGGGUUCUGGCCCCACGUUGCUGUGGAUCCUCAGCCUGCUGUGCCCCAUCUCUUGGACUGUUUCCUUUUCUGUACACAGAGGGAUGGGGCUUGGUCUCUGUCUCACAGCCAAUCCAACAGAGCCACUGAAGAGAGGCAGGCAGGUAAAGAAAGAGUCUUUGGGCCGGGCGCGGUGGCUCACGCCUGUAAUCCCAGCACUUUGGGAGGCUGAGGUAGGUGGAUCACAAGGUCAAGAGGUCGAGACAAGCCUGGCCAAUAGGGUGAAACCCCGUCUCUACUAAAAAUACAAAAAUUAGCCGGGCGUGUUGGCA